AGCAUGCGCAGUGGCCUCCCCGCUCUGACGCGUCGCUUGGUGACGUGUCGCAGUUGGGUUGACAACCCGGAAAUCCGCGCCGCUGACUGGUCCUGCGUUCCAAGUGCGUUCCACUUCUAUCCCACAGAAGGUGAUCAUUUUUCCGCACUGAUUGGCCAUGGCUGAGGUGGAGGUGAAUGGCGGUAACGCAUCCCUGACCACUACCCAGCAGAGCUCCAACCCCCUGUCUAGGAAACUCAACAAAAUCCUGGAAACUCGGCUGGAUAAUGAUAAGGAAAUGCUAGAAGCCCUUAGAGCGCUCUCUUCUUUCUUUACUGAAAACAGUCUGAGAAGCCGAAGAAACCUACGAGGUGAUAUAGAGCGAAGGAGUUUGUCUAUAAAUGAAGAAUUUGUGGCAAUAUUCAAAAAUGUUAAAGAGGAGCUCGAAAGUAUAAAUGAAGAUGUUCAAGCAAUGAGCAACUGCUGCCAGGACAUGACCAGCCGCCUCAAGGCAGCAAAAGAACAAACACAGGACUUGAUUGGGAAGACAACAAAGCUCCAAGCAGAAAACCAGCGAUUAGAAAUUCGAGCCCAGGUUGCAGAUGCUUUCUUAGAAAAGUUUCAGCUUACAUCUGAAGAGAUGGCCAUACUUCGAGGAACUCAUGAAGGACCCCUAACAGAGGAUUUUUUCAAGGUACUGACAAAAGUAAAGCAAAUACACAACGAUGUGAAAGUACUUCUGCGAACCAACCAGCAGACUGCAGGAUAUACCCUAGAUGAAUUUGGAACAGCGAGGAGGAGUGCAGUAGUGCGUGGCUUCAUUGAUGCCCUAACUAGAGGAGGCCCUGGGGGUACCCCACGUCCCAUUGAGAUGCAUUCCCAUGAUCCAUUAAGGUAUGUUGGCGACAUGCUGGCCUGGCUACAUCAAGCUACUGCAUCCGAGAAAGAGCAUCUGGAGUCCCUUUUAAAGCUGGUCAACAUCCAAGGAGUUGAAGACAAUAUCCAGGAUGUGGUAGGACACAUCACAGAAGGAGUCUGCAGGCCAUUGAAGGUCCGCAUUGAGCAAGUUAUCAUUGCAGAGCCUGGGGCAGUGCUGUUGUAUAAAAUCUCUAACCUACUGAAAUUUUACCACCACACAAUAAGUGCUAUCAUUGGCACAAGUGGAUCUGCACUUCUGACUACAAUAGAGGAAAUGCACUUAUUAAGUAAAAAGAUAUUCUUCAACAGUCUGACUUUACAUGCAAGUAAACUGCUGGACAAGGUGGAGUUGCCCCCUGCGGAUCUUAGUCCAAGCUCUGCAUUGAAUCAGACCCUCACUCUUCUGCGUGAAGUCCUCGUCUCUCAUGACUCUUCUGUUGUUCCCCUAGAUGCCAGACAAGCUGACUUUGUUCAGGUCCUGUCCUGUGUCCUGGAUCCCUUGUUACAGAUGUGUACGGUCUCUGCCAGUAAUCUAGGCACAGCUGACAUGGCCACAUACAUGGUCAAUUGUCUGUAUGUGAUGAAGACAACAUUGGCUCUGUUUGAGUUUACUGACAAGCGUCUUGAGAUGUUGCAAUUCCAGAUCGAUGCCCAUUUGGACACCCUGGUUAAUGAACAGGCCUCUUAUGUGUUGACCAGAGCUGGCAUAGGUCAAAUAUAUAGUUGUCUGCAGCAACACAAGCCAGAGCAGGGGCCACUGUCAAAUUUACCUAGUAUGGAUGCAGUAUCACUAAAGGCCUCAAUGGUCCAAUUUGAUCGGUACCUGGGGGCUCCUGACAAUCUGCAAAUGCCACAGCUGAAUUUCUUCCUAAGUGCCACAGUGAAAGAACAGAUCAUUAAACAGUCCACUGAGCUGGUCUGCAGAGCUUACAGGGAAUUGUACGAUGCCGUUAUGGAUCCUGCUAACAGUUACCGGGAACCCACAACUAUUCUCCAAAGAUCUCCACAGCAAGUGCAGACCCUUCUGUCCUAAAUAUUACCCACCCCCGCAUCUCACAUUGUAUAGUGUAUGAUUUUAAUAAAGAAACUUGUAUGUG